AAACAAAGCUAAGUAUCCAUGGCUGGGAAGUAAGACAGUUUUGAAGUAAACAGCCAACAGCUGUGAAUGAUGUAACCAAUGAUGCAAACUCACCAAACCUUGGCCGGAGAUCCGGUCGAUCAACUUUCCCUUGUAAACGAAAGCCAACAUUACAAGCCACAGAAAGCAACUGAAUAAACAAAACAACCCAUGAUGUAAUCUUGAGAAUUAUUUAUUCAUCGAGAAGCAAGCAAAUGAAGGUGGGUGGUAGUUGUAGUGGUAGGUGAAUCAAAUCGGCCGGCAGAGGAGAAAGGGAGGAAAAAAAUGGCAGGCCUAUUCGACAAGCAAUCGGAUCUGUACCUCGACGCCCGACCCACUUACCCGCCGGAAUGGUACUCCGACCUCGCUUCCCACUCCCUCCGCCACUCUCUCGCUUGGGACGUCGGCACCGGCAACGGCCAGGCCGCUAUUGGGGUGGCGGAGCAUUACGACCAAGUUAUCGGAACCGACGCAAGCGAGCCCCAGCUCCGCCGCGCAAUCCCGCACCCGAAGAUCCGCUACCUCCACACUCCGCCGUCUCUCCCCGACGACGACCUCGUCUCCCUCGUCGGCGGGGAGGAGAACUCCGUCGAUCUGGUCACCGUCGCGCAGGCGGUUCACUGGUUCGACCUCCCGAGGUUCUACGCCGUGGUGGGCCGGCUGCUGCGGAAGCCCGGCGGGGUCAUCGCCGUGUGGUGCUACAACGACAUCGUGGUCUGCCCGGAGUUUGACGGCGUGUUCAAGAAGUUCCACGACACUACGCUGCCGUUUUGGCACCCGAGUAUCCGCCACGUGUUUGAUGGGUACAGGAACCUGCCGUUUCCGUUCGACCCGGUUGGGUCCGGGUCCGGGUCGGUGUCGGGCGGGGAAGGGCGGCCGGUGGAGCUGGAGAUACCGAAGGAGCUGUCGUUCGAAGGAAUGGUGAGGAUGGUGCAGUCGUGGUCGGCGGUGAUUACGGCGAGGGAUAAAGGAGUGGAGCUGCUGCCGGAGAAUGUUGUGAAGGAGAUGGAGGUUGCGUGGGGCGGGGCGGGUUUGGUCCGGCCGAUUGUUUACAAGGCGUUCAUGCUCAUUGGCAAGAUUAAGCUCUCUAAUUAAUUCAAAAAAGCACUCUUUUCUUUUAAUUAGUGCAACUAUGAGAGUGUAUGUUGGUAAUAAUUAUGGUGGAGUUUGUAAUCUCAUGAUUAACUUAUUGGACUUAAUUCCACACAAAAAAAACUUAUUGGAUUUAAACCCACAUAUUAUAAUUCAUUUCCUUAACCAAAU